CUGCGCGUGCGGCUGGUCGGCCCGCGGCGGCGCUGAGCUGAGCCGGCUUGGGGGGGGGUGGGGGGGCCGGCAGGGUGGGGGCCGGAGCCUGGCCUGGCCGGGCAGGGGCCGAAAUGCUUGUGUUCUUCUUGGCACUGUUGACCUUGCUGCUGGUUGCACUUGGCGCCCUCAUUCUAGGCCGGUUGCUUGUGGUCCGCUUGGCCACCAAGUGGUGUCAGCGGAAGCUGCAGGUGGAGCUGAAAAUUGGCUCCUUUGGCUUUUUUGAGAUCCAGAAUGUCAGUCUUAAAUUUUUGCAGCACCAGCAAACUGUGGAAAUUGAUAGCCUGCGGAUUUCCAGCAAACUUUUUAGCCAUGACCUGCCACACUAUGUGGCAUUGUGCUUUGGGGAAGUGCGGAUCAGAACUGACCUACAGAGGGUUUCUGGGCUAUCUGCUCCAUUCUCCCAGAGCACUGGGGUGGACCAAAAGGAGCUGCCUCUCAGCCCAUCCUUACUGAAGAUUUUCUGCCAGCUAUUCUCCAUUCAUGUAGAGACUAUAAACAUCAUGGUUCUCAAAGUGGCUACCUCUGAGUCCUUGUGGCAUAUUCAAAUCAGUGGGAGCAGCCUUCUUUUGGAUAGUGAUGGGAAGAGGCUAGACUGUAAGAUGAGCCUAAAUAAGAUCAACAGCAAAGUUCUAAAGAGUGGCCAGUUGGAGGACACCUGCCUAGCGGAACUCUCUCUGACCCUGAACCUGUGUCUAGAGGUAGGCAUCAGCAGUCGGCAACUGAAGGCUAUUACUGUGGGUGUGUGGACACACCAUGCUGAAUUGCAUGAGGGCCUCUUCCAUAGUCAGCUGCUACACCAGGGAUCAAGCCUGGCACUCAAGCCUGCCCCUUGUCCAGAGGUGGCAGAAAACUUGGCAGAGCCAACUCUGCCAGGUCUAUAUCUCCUCCAGCAGCUGCCAGAGCAGGUCAAGGUGAAGAUGGAAGGCAUCAGUGUGGUGUUGUCCAUGAAUAGUCAAAAGAGGCACCUGAAUUGGACACUGAAGCUGCUGCAUUUUCUUUACAAUCGUGAUGAAGAUCAGCUGCCCCUUCGAAGCUUUACAGCAAACUCUGAUAUGGCACAGAUGAGCAUUGAACUCUUGCUGGAAGAUGGGUUGUUGCUGUCCCAAAGUCGCCAGCGCAUUGUCUGCCUCAACUCCCUCAAGGCUAGUGUGCAGGUGACUACCAUUGAUCUUUCAGCUUCCUUGGUUUUGAACACGUGUAUCAUUCACUACCGUCACCAGGAGUUCUCUCACUGGCUGAACAUGCUAGCACUAGAGACCCAAGGGUCUAGUUCACCUGUUCUUAAGCAAAAGAAAAAAAGAACCUUUCCUCAAAUCCUGGCACCCAUCAUCUUUAGCACCUCUAUCUCUAAUGUCAUCAUUUCCAUUCAGCUUGGAGAUACACCGCCUUUUGCCUUGGGCUUCAAUUCCAUCUCUCUGGAUUAUCAGCACCUGAGGCCCCAGAGUAUCCAUCAGCGGGGCGUCCUAACUGUGGACCACCUCUGCUGGCGUGUGGGCAGUGACUCUCACAUUCAGCGGGCACCCCACCCACCCAAUAUGCAUGUUUGGGGUGAAGCACUUGUCUUAGACUCCUUCACACUACAGGGUAGCUAUAAUCAGCCUCUGGGCCUGUCCAGCACCCAGUCAGAUACACUUUUUCUUGAUUGCACCAUCCGAGGAUUGCAAGUGGAGGCAUCAGAUACCUGUGUCCAGUGUGUCUCUCGGAUUUUACCCUUGAUGGGCCUACAAUCUCAGAAUCCAGCUAUUUCUAGGGAGUCUUCAUCUGGGGAAUCUAUGUCAUUACUCUGGAAGGUGGACUUAAAGGUGGAGGACAUGAAUUUGUUCACCCUUUGUGCCCUGGUUGGUGCUUCAGAAGUCAGACUAGACACCCUGACUGUUCUGGGCAGUGCUGAGACCUCCACUGUGGGUAUUCAAGGACUUGUGCUUGCCCUGGUGAAGUCGAUCACAGAGAAGAUGCAGCCCUGUUGCAAGGCUCCCGACAUCCCGACUCCAGUGCUCAGCCUCUCCAUGCUCUCCAUCACUUAUCACAGCAGCAUCCGCUCUCUAGAGGUUCAGUGUGGUGCAGGGCUGACCUUACUAUGGAGUCCCCCAGAUCACAUGUACCUGUACCAGCAUGUCCUGGCCACACUGCAGUGCCGAGACCUGUUAAGGGCCACUCUGUUCCCUGAUAUUGUUCUACCUCAUGCACUAGAGACUCUAGAAAACACUUCUGAACUGGAAGGCUGUCCUCUUGAGCCAUCCCCUCCAAAGCGGCCACUGAACCUGACACUAGAAGUGAGCACAGCCAAGCUGACCGCAUUUGUGGCUGAGGACAAGUUCAUUACUCUGGCAGCAGAGAGUGUGUCACUGAGCCGGCAUGGGGGUUCUCUGCAGGCUUAUUGUCCAGAGCUGGCUGCUGGCUUUGAUGGCAAUAGUAUCUUCAAUUUCAAGGAGUUGGAGGUACAGCUGUUACCUGAGCUGGAGGAGAUGAUCCUCCACCGGAACCCCUUCCCUGCAUUGCAGACCCUCCGGAACUGUGUCUGGCUCCUUUCCCUGGGCUCAGUCUCAGUCGAGUUUCCUUAUCAAUAUGACUUCUCUCGAACUCUGGAUGAGGCUGUGGGAGUUCAGAAAUGGCUGAAGGGCCUCCAUCGAGGGACUCAUGCUCGGGUCUCGCCAAGCCCUACCCUACUUCCGCCUGAUCUGCUUCUGAAGGUUCAGCAUUUCUCAUGGGUCUUCCUGGAUGACAUUUUUGAAGUGAAACUUCGUGACAACUAUGAACUGAUGAAGGAUGAAAGCAAGGAGAGUGCCAAAAGACUGCAGCUGCUGGAUGCCAAAGUGGCUGCCCUCCGGAAGCAGCAUGGGGAGUUAUUGCCAGCCCGCAAAAUUGAGGAGCUCUAUGCUUCUUUGGAACGCAAAAACAUUGAAAUCUACAUCCAGCGUUCUCGUCGUCUGUAUGGCAAUACACCCAUGCGCAGGGCCCUGCUCACUUGGAGCCUGUCAGGAUUAGAGCUGGUGGCCCUGGCAGAUGCUUCCUUCCAUGGUCCUGAGCGUGUACUAGAACAGGUUCGAGAACUUGAUCCAGGGAGCCCUUUUACUGCUGAAGGAGUAGAUCUUGUCAUUCAGUGGUGUCGGAUGCUCAAGUGCAAUGUCAAGAACUUUCUGGUUCGGAUCAGAGACUAUCCCCGGUACUUGUUUGAGAUCCGUGACUGGCGACUGAUGGGUCGGCUUGUGGGCACUGAGCAAAGUGGUCAGCCUUGUUCCCGUCGGCGUCAAAUCCUACACUUGGGGCUUCCAUGGGGUAAUGUGGCAGUGGAGAGGAACAUGCCCCCACUCAAGUUCUACCAUGAUUUUCACUCGGAAAUCUUCCAGUACACAGUAGUAUGGGGACCAUGCUGGGAUCCAGCCUGGACACUGAUUGGCCAAUCUGUGGACCUCUUGACCAAGCCCUCAGCUGAUCCCAGUCCCCCCUUGCCCUGGUGGGACAAGAGUCGUCUUCUGUUCCAUGGGGACUGGCACAUGGACAUUGAACAGGCAAACCUACACCAGCUGGCUACUGAGGAUCCAUACAACACAACUGAAAAUAUGCACUGGGAGUGGAAUCACUUGUCUUUUCAUUGGAAACCUGGUCAGUUUGUGUUCAAGGGUGACUUGGAUGUCAAUGUGAGAACAGCCUCCAAGUAUGACGACUGCUGCUUCCUUCACCUGCCUGACCUCUGCAUGACACUGGACCUGCAGUGGCUGUGCCAUGGGAACCCCCAUGAUCACCAUGGAGUCACUCUUCGGGCCCCAGAGUUCCUUCCUGAGGUGCCCUUGGGCCAGUUCCAUGACUCCUACCGGGCCUUCCGCUCUGAGAACCUUAAUCUCUCCAUCAAGAUGGAUCUGACUCGGCACAGUGGGACACUAUCUCAGCCUCGAAUUCUGCUAUAUAGUAGUACUCUGCGCUGGAUGCAAAACUUUUGGGCAACUUGGACUAGUGUCACAAGGCCUAUCUGCAGGGGAAAGCUAUUCAACAACUUGAAACCCAGCAAGAAGAAACUUGGUCAACACUACAAGCAGCUUUCCUAUACUGCACUCUUCCCUCAGCUGCAGGUGCAUUAUUGGGCCUCAUUUGCUCAACAACGGGGUAUCCAGAUUGAGUGCAGUCAGGGCCAUGUCUUCACUCGAGGCACUCAGAGGCUUAUACCGCAAGCAGGCACAGUGAUGCGGCGCCUUAUCUCUGAUUGGAGUGUCACUCAGAUGGUGAGUGACCUCAGUCAGGUGACCGUUCACCUGAUGGCCACACCUACUGAAGAAAAUGCUGAUCACUGCCUUGAUCCCUUGAUAACAAAGACCCACCUGCUGAGCCUGUCCUCCCUUACCUACCAACGACACAGCAAUCCUACAGCUGAGGAGGAACUCUCUACACGGGAUGGAGAUCCUGCCUUUCACACACACCAGCUGCACCUGGUGGAUUUACGGGCUUCUUGGACAACUACCAAUCGAGACAUUGCUUUUGGCUUGUAUGAUGGCUACAAAAAGGCAGCUGUACUCAAGCGUAAUCUCUCUACUGAAGCCUUGAAGGGGUUAAAGAUUGAUCCCCAGAUACCAGCCAAAAAGCCAAAGCGGGGUGUCCCAACCAGUGUCCCAGCCCCACCUCGUGUCAACACUCCCAGCUUCAGUGGACAGUCUGAUAAAGCAUCAUCAGGAGGUGCUUACAUGUUGCAGAAGCUGAUUGAGGAGACAGAUAGGUUUGUGGUGUUCACAGAAGAGGAAUCAGGUGUAAGUGACCAGUUGUGUGGCAUUGCUGCCUGCCAGACAGAUGACAUAUACAACCGAAACUGCCUUAUUGAGUUGGUCAACUGCCAGAUGGUUCUACGUGGAGCAGAGACAGAAGGCUGUGUCAUUGUGUCAGCUGCCAAAGCCCAGCUACUGCAGUGCCAACAUCAUCCAGCCUGGUAUGGUGACACACUGAAGCAAAAGACAUCUUGGACUUGCCUGUUAGAUGGCAUGCAGUACUUUGCCACCACUGAAAGCAGCCCCACUGAGCAAGAUGGCCGACAGCUUUGGUUAGAGGUGAAGAAUAUUGAGGAGCACCGGCAGCGUAGUCUGGACUCUGUGCAGGAGCUGAUGGAGAGUGGGCAGGCAGUGGGAGGCAUGGUUACCACCACCACAGAUUGGAACCAGCCAACUGAAGCCCAGCAAGCGCAACAAGUUCAGCGGAUCAUUUCGCGCUGCAACUGUCGAAUGUACUAUAUUAGUUACAGCCAUGAUAUUGAUCCUGAGCUGGCAACUCAGAUUAAGCCACCUGAGGUUCAUGAGAAUCAGGAAAAGGAAGAUCUUCUAAAGAAGCAGGAAGGGGCUGUGGAUACCUUCACCCUCAUCCACCAUGAGCUGGAAAUCUCCACCAACCCAGCUCAGUAUGCCAUGAUACUGGACAUCGUCAACAACCUGCUGCUCCAUGUGGAACCCAAACGGAAGGAGCACAGUGAGAAGAAACAGAGGGUCAGGUUCCAGCUUGAGAUCUCUAGCAAUCCGGAGGAGCAGCGCAGCAGUAUAUUACACCUGCAGGAAGCUGUGCGACAACAUGUGGCUCAUAUACGGCAGUUGGAGAAGCAGAUGUAUUCUAUCAUGAAGUCUUUGCAAGAUGACAGCAAGAAUGAAAACCUGCUUGACCUGAACCAAAAGCUUCAACUGCAGCUAAACCAGGAGAAGGCCAGUCUACAGCUGGAAAGUGAAGAGCUUAAUAUUCUCAUCAGGUGUUUUAAGGAUUUCCAAUUGCAGCGAGCCAAUAAGAUGGAGUUACGAAAGCAGCAAGAGGAUGUGAGUGUGGUCCGUCGCACUGAGUUCUAUUUUGCUCAGGCACGGUGGCGCCUCACAGAGGAAGAUGGACAGCUUGGAAUUGCGGAACUGGAGCUGCAGCGGUUCCUCUACAGCAAGGUGAAUAAGUCUGAUGAUACAGCAGAACAUCUUCUGGAGCUGGGCUGGUUUACUAUGAACAACCUUCUCCCCAAUGCUGUCUAUAAGGUAGUACUGCGACCCCAGAGCCCCUGCCAGUCUGGGCGACAGCUAGCCCUCCGCCUCUUCAGCAAAGUCCGGCCCCCUGUUGGGGGUAUCUCUGUUAAAGAGCACUUUGAGGUAAAUGUAGUACCUCUCACCAUCCAGCUGACGCACCAGUUCUUCCAUAGAAUGAUGGGCUUUUUCUUUCCUGGCCGAAGCAUGGAGGAUGAUGAGGUUGGUGAUGAAGAGGAUAAGUCCAAACUAGUGACUACUGGAAUACCAGUGGUGAAACCUCGGCAGCUGAUUGCAACAGAUGACGCAGUACCUUUGGGCUCUGGAAAGGGAGUGGCACAGGGCUUAAAUCGGAGCUCUGGGGUCAGAAGGUCAUUUCGCAAAGUACCUGAGCAUCCUGUAGAUGAUAUUGACAAGAUGAAAGAGCGAGCUGCCAUGAACAACUCCUUCAUCUACAUAAAAAUUCCACAGGUUCCACUGUGUGUUAGUUACAAGGGUGAGAAGAACAGUGUUGACUGGGGUGACCUGAACCUGGUGCUGCCCUGUUUAGAGUACCAUAACAACACAUGGACAUGGCUAGACUUUGCCAUGGCUGUCAAGAGGGACAGCCGCAAGGCCCUGGUUGCCCAGGUAAUCAAAGAGAAGCUAAGACUGAAGCCUGCACCAGGGUUGGAGGUCCGGGGAAAACUAGAAACUAAAUCGGAUCUGAACAUGCAACAGCAGAAAGAGGAGGAGAAAGCCCGGCUCCUCAUCGGUUUAAGUCUGGGUGACAAGAACCCUGGCAAGAAGUCCAUCUUUGGCAGGCGCAAGUGAUCUGGCAAUCCAAGAGUGGCUGCAGUAUAGGAUCUGACUCUGGCUUAGGCCCUAGGAACUUGAGAAGAAGGAGGGGCUUCCCUUCAUACAUCAUGAUUGGUUGGGACCAAGGGCAUACUGAGGACUGUGUAGAGAGGCACCACUCUUUAGUAGCUGGCUUGUUCUUGCAGGGCAUGGUGGACGAUAAUGCUGAGUUAUAUCCCACGCUGAACAGCAGGCCCAAGGCCAGAGAGGCAACAAGAGAACAAGACCUAGGGAAUGAUCCCAGGGCUAGGAUCCUGUUCUCUUGGGUCAAUUGAAAAGGUGGAGGGACAGUCAUGAUCAAGUGUGACAAAUUUUUAUAUAUAUAUAAAAAAAAAAAAAUAUAUAUAUAUAUAUAUAUAUAUAAAUAUAUAUAUUUCUAAGUGUAACUGUUUUAUGUGCCAGAAAGCUGAGGGGACGAGGCUGAUUCUCUGACCUUCACUUUACUGCCUGUUGAAAGAACUGUUAGUGUGCUGGGGGGAAUCACUCCCUUCCCAAUCUGUGUGCCAAGCUCACUGGGGAGGAUGGCAGUGGGAGCCAGGGCUGGCCAUGGUCCCCUACUUUUCCCUUUGGGGUAUGCCCUGGAAAAUGGUAACAAACUGAUUUAAAGAGAAAAAAAAUUUUUAAUUUGAUACU